CCUAGCGCAGAGUACCGUCAGUGCGAAUCGAGCGGUUUCUGUCGAUGUUUGCAAAUUCGGUCUCCGUACGCAGCGUAUUCCUUCAAGCAAGCGGCACAGUAACGAGCGGUUGUUUUUUUCGGUUUGGCUUAAAGCGCUGGAAGGUGAAAGCGGCGAGCUGCUACGGGUCCGGCUUAACGAUUGUCCUCGGCGCGAAGGUUGUUUACCGGAAACGGUGGUGUUGGCAUUGAUGUUGGAUUACUGUCUUGUCAAAUCGUUGUUAAAGUGGAUCAAACAUCAGUUCGAUAUCUGUGGUAAAACGGUUUAAGGCAAUACAUUAAGGUUGCUAGUUCAUCAAUUAUCAGCAGCGUCUAGUCGCGGAUUGCUGAUGAGCUGCAUGAAAUUAUCGAUGGAAUAAACAACAACAAUUGAGGCAGUGUUGUGAAGCAGUUCGUGGAAUAUUUUACGCGGAUUGUUUUACCAAUGAAUAACAGUGUUGGUGAGGUGAGGUGAGGUCAAUUCAUUUACUUCAUGAAAAAAGCUAUAAAUUCACACCUAAUCUUAUAAAUACAUAAAAGCGUACUCCAGUGUUGUGCUUACGUGAAAAGUCCAGUUAAUAAUUGUACCAAGUGAUUAUAUUGUGUUGAAGUUUUACAAUCGCAUUGAACAACAGGAUUGAUAUAUUAAUGACAAAUUUUGAAUCGUCCACAUUUGACAAUCUAUCUGUACAGAAUGCGUUACGUUUGCACUAGUAAUUUCUCGACUCCGUGUUGUAUUUUACAACUGAUAAAAAUCAUGCAAGAUUUUCAGUGCUAAAACAUAGUUUCAAAGACGGAAAACAUAUUGGAUAACACACAGCAACAGGCGCCCUCGACACUACGCUGAUGCUGGCUAGAGGGUAGUGCAAAAAAACCCGGCGAAACAGACGCCCAAAAAGCAUCAAACCGGCCCAGUACGUUGCAGUCAUAUGCAAAUGCGGACGACUAAAACCAUGUACUAGUGGAAACCCGACGCACAGCAGCGUAGUCGUUACGACCGCACGGCUGGUCGAGGAUUCGGUCCCGGUUCUCGAAUUACCGCGCCAGAAUUCCAGAGGAUGUGCAGAGCUGUUACUGUGGUAUGUUGCAUCAUCGGAUCUUUCUACACGGUUGGACGCAUUUUGGACUCUCUACUCGGUGAUGGAAUGCCGUACGCUACAAUGAAUAGUGAAACGUGUGUGAAGUUGUUAACAUAAUUUCAAAUUAGUGGUCACAAAAGCCUACCGAGCGAUCGAGUGGUAAUAUUCUCUGUUAGGUGGAAUUAGUGAUUUCCUGCGCCUGAGCUUCACUAGAUGUUUGUGUACAUGUGCGUGUGUAUGUGUGUGUGUGAAAUAGUAAAAUGAAUAUCCGUACAGUGCCCAAUCGAAGAUAAAAAUGCAGUUUAUCAUCGUUGGUGGAUUAUUCGUACUGGCAAAUCUACAUUUCAACCAUCACAACGCAAUGGGUGUAGCUAAUCAUCUGCCAGCACCGCAGGAAAACAGAAUCAUCAAAAAAUUCUCACCCCAUCCCUACUUUGACUUCGAUGUGCCUCGGAACAUAACGACCCGCGUCGGUCAGACCGCUUUCAUCAACUGCCGGGUCGAGCAAAUGGGUGACAAAUCGGUCUCCUGGAUCCGGAAACGAGAUCUACACAUCCUGUCGGCGGGCACCGCAGUCUACACGUCGGAUGAACGAUUUCAGGUGAUACGCUCAGAUAAGGCAGAAAAUUGGACACUACAAAUAAAGUUCGCCCAGCAGCGAGACUCGGGCAUAUACGAGUGUCAGGUGAACACAGAACCAAAGAUGUCAAUGGCAUUUCGACUGAACGUUGUAGAGGCUAAAGCGAUUAUCCUCGGACCAACGGACCUAUACGUAAAGAUGGGCAGUGUUGUGACACUCACGUGCAUAAUUAGCCAGGGACCACAUGAUCUAGGGACAAUAUACUGGUACAGAGGGUCAAAUCUCGUGCAGCCCAUAGAGCUACACCCCAACGACCCUUCAUUAGCAUAUCCACAUCGAAUAUCAGUUGAGCUGAAGUGGACCGAGGCCCUCACGUCACGGUUGAAAAUACUCGAUGCCAAACUGUCCGACUCGGGCAACUACACGUGUCUGCCGACGUCGGCAGAGGGUACGAGCGUGAUGGUGCAUGUGAUAAACGGAGAGCAUCCUGCGGCGAUGCAACGUGGCUGCGCUACGACCGCUGACAAAGAUCAACACCGGAGUAUGCAGCUGCUGAUGACGAUGCUGGCGCUGGUGCUGCUAACGUUCGGCUGGCAUCGAACCGAUCUCAACACCUGCCUGACAGCACCCGGUCGAGCGGUGGAGUGUUCAAGCCGGCGACCCAGCACAACCACCCUCGAGCGGACUGGGGCACAGCGAACGGUGAUAACGGAUAACGGUCCCACCGGCACAUUAACGUCUUCCUGCUGUUCGUAAUGUUCGCGAGGCAGGCCAACACAGUGGCAGACGACAGGACUUUGCAAAUACUUUAACACACAGGUGCUACAAGAUACUCUCGGGUGGAAGGUAGAACAGCUUGAAACCACAAACGCUGGUUAAAAGUUAUCACUUUGCACUUGUACAAUGUUUUACAAAAGCAUCGCAGUUAUGAAAGUGAUGUUUUGUGUGUACGGGUGUGAUGAUGAGGGAGAAGAAGAUGGAUCGACGUUUAAAAGCCAGUAGUGAGAAAUACGACACCGAUUACAGAAAUCAAUUCCAAACCACAGUCACACCGAAUGGAGUAUACAAAGCAAAGGAAGCAAAGGACUCUUGACGCAUUUUCCAUAAUGCAACGAGAAAACCGAAAAAAGGGCGACAUUCUCGUUUUGUUGCAAGUGCAAAGUAUUCCAAGUGCACCAAUCGUAGAUGCAAGAGAAGAACGCAUAAAAACGAAUAGUGUAAGAUGAAGUGAUGCGCUACCCGGAUACCACUCCACUUCCUCCCUUUUUGUCUUACCGUAGAAAGAAAGGAAGAAAGAGAAAAAGAGGGAGAGAAAAUCCCAAAGGAUUUUGCACGAGCAAGAGUCACUCCCACGGUGUUCCGGUGCAAUUCCGGUGCAAAAGCUAGUUAUAACACGUCACAAUCACCGAGAUCCAACCGGAUCCAAUGUAGCAACGAACCGACGGAAGAACAAAAGUGAACCGAUUUGACGUUGGAGUUUGAUUGUUUUAAAGGGGUAGGACGAGUGACUGAAAUGGUGGGAAGCAAUAAGGUAAAUAAAACGAGCUGGGCAAGUGCUGAAAAGCUUCAAAGAAGUUUUUACUCUACAGCAGUACGAGAAAAGCUCGACUUGAGCUGAUUUUAUGACAUGGACAAAAACAGCAAAACGUUUUUUGUGAGGUGAAUUAUCCGUCGAUUUGUUCAUCUUCGUUGACACUUAUGAGACCGUUAGAUGGAAUGGAAAGGUACGGAAAUCAUGUUUAGUAAUCAUCAUUGCAGCGUUUGAUCAUUAGAUUGUAGUUCAUCUUUGACAACCAGAACAUAAUAAGCGUCGGACGAGGCGUCUUUAGAACGAUUAUAGUACUAAGAGGGAUAAGUGUAGGUACUAGCAAACAAGGCGCCAAGCAGAGCGAAAUCUGUAUGUGGUGUUUGAAACAAAAACAGUUUGACAGAAAACGAUACGAAACACAUAUUUUAUUUCAAACCAACCGUCUGCACUUAUAGUGGUAGAACAUGAGUGACAAGUAUUUAAGCGCAAGUGCAUCAACACCCAUACCGAGUUUGAAAGCCAAGUGGAGUCAAGAGUGAGAAGAGGAAAGCUCCCUUAACGCGUGUACAUUUGAAUCGUCAUUAGAAAUGAUACCAGACUUUACGAAAAGGCAUUUAGCACUCUUCCUUCCAACCACUCUCUUUUUCCAUACCCUCGAUUGUCAUUACUGAACCCAAAUCCAAAUAGUAGAAGAAUUUUUAAGACCUGCAGUUCGGUACAGGACCCCUCACCCAUCACCUCAUCCUUAUAUUUUCUUUCGGGGAGGAGGCAGCAUAGCAGCAUUAAAGCUAUUUAUUUGAGAAAUAAACUUGAGAUUAUCUCAAACCAGACAAACAUGAAACCACAAACCCAACGCGAGAGAA